UGACGCUCGAGGCGGAGCCACAAUCUCCGGCGGAGGCUGGGUGUCGCCUGACCGGAUGAUGACAGAAGUUUUCAGUCUAAUGUGUCCACUUUUAUCAUGCAAUCACCCCGUUUAUAACCUCUCCGGCGAUCUGGCCGCUGUCAGCACAGUUGACUCUUAACCUACUUGUGUUUUAAUGAAAUAAGGUCACAGGCACAGUGACAGUCUGCAUUGCCAUCUGGGAACUUUUGCUUUGCUGUCGGAGCGACCCUUUGCCUCUUAUUUGACCGGGGAGAAGAGCAGGAUUGAGCCCGCUGGGCUGACCCAAGUGCCGCAAUGGGAAACCGGGGGAUGGAAGACCUCAUUCCCCUCAUCAACAAGCUCCAGGACGCUUUCAGCUCCAUCGGCCAGAGCUGCAACUUGGACCUGCCGCAGAUAGCGGUCGUUGGCGGCCAGAGCGCAGGGAAGAGCUCCGUGCUGGAGAACUUCGUUGGAAGGGACUUUUUACCCAGAGGAUCUGGCAUUGUCACCCGUCGUCCCCUCAUCCUCCAGCUGGUUAACAGUAAAGCAGAGUAUGCAGAGUUCCUGCACUGUAAGGGUCGCAAGUUUGUGGACUUUGAUGAAGUCCGUCUGGAGAUUGAAGCAGAGACCGACCGCCUCACUGGAUCCAACAAGGGUAUCUCGCCCAUCCCCAUCAACCUCCGUGUCUACUCACCCAAUGUGCUGAAUCUGACCUUGAUCGACCUGCCGGGGAUGACCAAAGUGGCUGUGGGAGACCAGCCUGUGGACAUCGAGCACCAGAUCAGAGACAUGCUGCUCCAGUUCAUCACCAAGGAGAGCUGUCUGAUCCUCGCCGUCACCCCAGCCAACACUGACCUGGCCAACUCUGACGCCCUCAAAAUAGCCAAGGAGGUGGACCCUCAGGGUCUGCGGACUAUCGGUGUGAUCACCAAGCUGGACCUGAUGGACGAAGGGACGGACGCACGAGACAUCCUGGAAAACAAACUACUGCCACUGCGCAGAGGUUACAUCGGGGUGGUGAACCGCAGUCAAAAGGACAUUGAUGGGAAGAAGGACAUCGGUGCUGCUUUGGCUGCUGAGAGGAAGUUCUUCCUGUCCCAUCCUGCUUACAGGCACAUUGCAGAGCGCAUGGGCACACCACACCUGCAGAAGACCCUCAAUCAGCAACUUACCAACCACAUCCGCGACACGUUGCCAGGGUUACGUAGCAAGCUGCAAAGCCAGAUGUUAUCGCUGGAGAAAGAGGUGGAUGAGUACAAGAACUUCCGCGCUGACGACCCCGCACGCAAGACCAAAGCCUUACUUCAGAUGGUGCAGCAGUUUGGUGUUGACUUUGAGAAGUGCAUUGAGGGCUCUGGAGAUCAGGUGGACACAUCCAACCUGUCAGGUGGAGCCAAGAUCAACCGCAUCUUUCACGAGCGCUUUCCCUUUGAGCUGGUGAAGAUGGAGUUUGAUGAGAAGGAGCUGAGGAAAGAGAUCAGUUAUGCCAUCAAGAACAUCCACGGAGUCAGGACAGGCCUGUUCACCCCUGACUUGGCGUUUGAGGCUAUAGUGAAAAAGCAGGUCAUUAAGCUGAAAGACCCCUGUCUGAAAUGCGUUGACCUCGUCGUCACCGAGCUUGUCGCCCUGAUCAGGAAGUGCACGGAAAAGCUGGGCUCGUACCCUCGACUGAGAGAAGAGACAGAGAAAAUCGUCACCACCUACAUCAGAGAGCGAGACAGCAAGACCAAAGACCAGGUGCUGCUGCUGAUUGACAUUGAGCUCUCUUACAUCAACACUAACCAUGAGGACUUCAUCGGAUUUGCCAAUGCCCAGCAAAGGACUGCUGCUAACGCUACCAAGAAGAGAGUCAUGCCUAAUCAGGUGAUCCGCAGAGGCUGGCUCACCAUCAACAUCAGUAUCAUGAAGGGAGGAUCCAAGGACUACUGGUUUGUCCUGACUGCCGAGUCUCUCUCCUGGUAUAAAGAUGAGGAGGAGAAAGAGAAGAAGUACAUGCUGCCUCUGGACAACCUGAAGCUGAGAGAUGUGGAGAAAGGCUUCAUGUCCAGCAAACACGUCUUUGCCAUCUUCAACACUGAACAGAGGAAUGUGUACAAAGACCUGCGUCAGAUUGAGCUGGCAUGCGACACUCAGGAGGAUGUGGACAGCUGGAAAGCUUCGUUCCUCAGAGCUGGUGUUUACCCAGAGAAAGACCAGCCUGAGAACGCGGACGCGUUGAAUCCUAGCGACACCGUGUCCAUGGACCCUCAGCUGGAACGGCAAGUGGAGACCAUCCGCAACCUCGUGGACUCCUACAUCGGCAUCGUCAACAAGUCCAUCAGAGACCUCAUGCCCAAGACCAUCAUGCACCUCAUGAUCAACAGUGCGAAGGACUUCAUCCACUCUGAGCUGCUGGCCUACCUGUACUCAGCAGGAGACCAGGGCAGUUUGAUGGAGGAGUCAGCAGAGCAGGCUCAGAGGAGAGAUGAGAUGCUGAGGAUGUACCACGCUCUGAAGGAGGCCCUGGUCAUCAUCGGAGACAUCAGCACCACCACUAUUUCUACCCCGGUGCCUCCGCCAGUAGACGACACCUGGAUAGAACCAAGUCCUCAACAAGCGUCCCGCCCUGCCUCAGCAACAGCGGCCCCUCCCAGCCGACCCCCAGGAGUGAGGGGGCCCACCCCGGGUCCUGCACCCCCCCUCAACCCCUCACCAGCAUUUGGAGUACCGCCUGUGCCUUCGCGACCGGGCCCUCCACUGGGGCAAACGGCUUACGCCAACGAUCCCAACUCCAGUGCUGUGCCCCUUGUCCCCUCAAGACCGGCCCGUGUGCCUCCUGCACUGCCGCCGGGGAUUCCCAGCAGAAGACCCCCGGCUGCUCCCAACCGACCCACUGUCAUACGUCCUUCAGAGCCCUCCCUGCUUGACUAGAAACACAGACACAUACGCAAACACAUUUCUUUUGUUUACACUUUUAUAUUUCUCUUGAGCAGAGAUAGUCAUUAAACAUUUUUUUUCAUGUGUAUUCCUAUAACCACAAACCUUGUUCUACUGUAACUGGUAAUCUGAUGCUGUUUCAGUCUGUGCAUUUCAGAAACAUUAUGUAUGUAAUUUUGACAUUUGGUGCAGGUAGCUUUUUUAACAUGAUGACAUUUUCUGCUUCCAGUAUUAUGAAAAGGGAUACAUUCGAUGAUUUUAUUGACUUAAAGGUUAUGAACCGAGCAAGUCAUCUUGAAUUUUUUGUUUCAUUUGAAAUGAAAUGUGUCUCAAAAAAUAUAUAUGAUUCAUAACUUUUUAUAUAAUGGUAAGGAAACACUUUUAGAAGCAAUUUUUUUGUGAGUUGGAUACUUGCUAAUGUUCUGUCAGUAAUCACACUAAGCACCUCAUUAAGUAAAGCAGCACUUUUUGAUAAAGUCCUUUGCCUCUUCGUUGUUGUUAGAUCUUCAAAGUCGGCCUUCAAAUGAGCUUAUUAAAAUCAGACUGACCAAUGGAAUUUGUAUGCCUCAACAUUUUAUCUUAUUACUUCAUUGCAAGUUUUUUUUUUUUUUACAAGUAUAGUUAGGCUUUAGUGUUUCUCCUUUGUGGACCAAUUAAACAUGAGACAGGAGGAAGAGGGUUGGGGCAAGGCACUGCAGCAGUGGGAUGUCUUCUGGUGUAAUACUGAUAAUUAUACAGUUGUUGAGGUAAGAAGGACCUUGCCCAGCCAAACUGCUGACAGUUACCUCCCACAGCUUAGUGAAAAAAGUGCCUUGAGCACAAACAGUUUUGUAAUUACUUCACAAAUCGUCAUCUUAAAAAAAGCCAUAGUGAAAAAUAAAAAGUUCAUGUAAGAAAAAAGAGCCUCUCUUUCAGAAGAUGUAUAAAGUGAUGGACUGAAUAAACGAGUAGAAAAAGA